AUCAUGCAUCAGGCCCAGGGUGCCAGGCUCACGCUAAGGCUCGAGAUCUUGGCCGAUGCCCGGGCUCCAGGAAGGAUCCAGGAGGAGCAGCGGGCGAGAGGGUGGUUUCGCUCCUCUUGCCUGCCGGGUUGGGUCGCACGUAACCUAACAGACCUCUCGGGCCUAGCUUGCCAUCGGCAUCGCCAUACCGGUCUAAUAUGGCCGCUGGUGCUAGGACCGGACCCGCGCGUAAAGAGCCUGGGCCAAGGUCCGGAGCCGGAGACUGCUCCCGGCAUUCCUCGCGGGUGUAGCGUGGGUUCCCUUCCCCCAUUUCCGGGUCCCAGGAGAGGGAGACCCUGGGGUCUUGAAGAGAGUUCUGAGGUGCAGCUGGUCCGUGCUGUGCGAAGAAGAAUGACAGGACAUUCCGGGCGGUGAACCACUGGCCUGGGUGGCAAGGUGUAGAGAAAAGAUGUUGAAAGGUCAUCAGCAUCACGGCCUGCUUUCUGAGGAGCCUUUUGGGUUGAAGACAGUAUCAAUACUAGGAUAUAACUGGAGACUGUCACCAUUGCAGCACGCUGAAAUCUCGAAGUAGAACCUUGUGUCACUGAGGCAGAGCUCUGAGACAGUAUAGCAUGGCCCAGGGCUUGAUUGAAGUGGAGCGAAAGUUUGUUCCAGGGCCUGACACAGAGGAAAGGCUGCAGGAGUUGGGGGGCAUCCUGGAGCACCGGGUCACCUUCCGAGACACCUACUAUGAUACUUCUGAGCUAAGCCUUAUGCGGUCUGACCACUGGCUGCGACAACGAGAAGGUAGUGGAUGGGAGCUCAAAUGCCCUGGAGGAGCGGCUAUCUCAGGACCCCACAAUGAGUAUGUGGAACUCACAUCGGAAUCUGCAAUUGUGGCCCAGCUCUUUGAACUGCUGGGGGCUGGGGAGCCGGAGGCUGCAGGUGUGCCUGACGUCUUGGGUCCCCUGAAGCUGCAGGAAGUAGCUAGUUUUAUAACUACACGAAGUUCCUGGAAGCUGGCCUUAUCUGGCGCCCAUGAACAGGAGCCACUGCUCAGAGUGGAUCUGGAUUCGACAGACUUCGGCUAUGCUGUGGGUGAGGUAGAGGCCAUGGUUCGUGAGAAGGCUGAAGUAGGAGCUGCCCUGGAGAAGAUCUUGAGCUUCAGCAGCAUGCUUGGUGAGGGAGACAGGCCCUUCUGUGCUCAGCAGCAUGCUUGGAGUACCAGCACAGGAGAAGGCACCCGCCAAGCUCAUGGUAUACCUGCAGCUCUUCAGGCCUCUGGACUAUCAGCGCCUGCUGGAAGCGAACAGUUCCGGCGAAGCCACAGGGGACUCAACAUCCUGACAGCAGUUUAUGGGAGCAGGGUUCACUUUCUAGGAGGGAAGGGGACUCUCGGAAGCCGCCAUCCACUCCUGGACCCACUGUGCCCCUUCCCUCACAACAGAGCCGCUUUUGUCUCCAGUCCUGCCGGGUCUUUCACCCCUUCUCAGCUACCCUUCCUCAAGCCCUCCCUCACCGCUUCCCUCAUCCGUCAGAUGCAAUCUGUGGGCCGCCCCUCUCCCCUGGCCGCUAAGCAGCCUCCAUUGAUUUCCGCUCGUGUUUAUAGGAUUUCCACUUAGCUGUGAUCAGUAGUUAAGCACAGGAAAAUCCCUUGCCACCCCCCCCUCCCGUGGUCGAUGCCAUUGAUUCUGCCAGCAGCUCUGAAGCCGCCUUACAGCUGAGUUAGAGAUGCGGGAAGCGGCAGGGAUUUCCCUGCCUUGGGGUGUAGGGAAUAGCAACAAGGUGGGGAAAUGGUUGGGAACUUCUGUUCGAAAUCUGGAAAUUCUGCUGGGUCUGUCACUGUGACCAGAGGGUAGAGUGCCCUGUAUGGCAGUUUAGAGAGAAAUUUUGCUCUCCAACCCCGAGAGGGGUAGAAAGAAAAUCGUCAUUGUUGAGACAGGUUCCUGGGGUUUCAGGACGUCAUACUUCUGUGGAGAAGGCUCUACCCUUGUUCCUACGCACUUUCUUUCUCACUAGGUCAAACUAUGCCUUUCUGCCCACCUCAGGUUUCAUAGGCUUUCAUUAUUUGUCGGCAAGAGGCAGUCUCUUCAGAUUGUGGUGACAAAUUCAGGGCCAGAGUGCCACCUGCUGUCAGCCCCCAGGGCUGUGUUCCCAGCUGAGGGUGCAGAAAGAUUUCAGGUGAGCCGUGGCAGUUAUGAGGCAGGCUAGUUUAGGCCCCAGCUUAGCAACCUGGAACUCCACUUGGUUUGAGCUGUACAUGCCUCUCAUCUGACAGUGCACUUGGCAUCCUGGGAUCCUCACCUGCAUGUACUGUGUACACACAACCUUCUAACAACACACCUAGGACUCCCAUCUGUACUGAGUUACAUUUAUGUCCCACUUCAGACAAUGGAAUAAGCCUCUCCUCCCCCAGCAGACAUAAAAACUCUCCCCUUUUGUGGAUAGUUUUUAUUCAAACAUUUUAGAACAUACUCAAGUAUGGAAAAUAGGGAGCUGAUUGGACCUAGACAGGUUUGGGGUACAAGCAGGGUAAGGUAGACCAUGUCCUUUAGGUGAACUUUUAAGGCAAAUCUUCUAUUUACCAUCCUGUGCCUAUGUAGAAUGAGCAUAUGACUAAAAUCAGAUGCAUCAUGGGAGGGGUCAUGCACAGUGAAGAAAGGCUUACAGAAUCCAAGCCUGUCAAUCAAAAUAGAGAACCAUUCAAAUUAUGCCACUUGGCAAUGACCUCUUCCUUCCCGUAAGACCCCAUUAGAGCAGCACCAGGCAGUGACCCUGGGCCCGUGAGUACUGUGGCCCCUUGCUCUUCACGGUGCAUUCUGAUUUGUACUGUCACUUCGCUUUUGAAUAAAGUUGCCUUGCUACUUG